UUUUGUUCUGACAGACUGUGCUUUGUAAACACAACACUUUCGAUCGUCUCCACAGCAGAAAAAAAUCCAAAUUUUUGAUCCGUUUUCGUCUUAAUAACUGCUUAAUAUUUAUCGAAAAGCUAUUAAGAAUACACAAGUCCACUAAAUGCGCGAAAUUCGAACCCAAAAUGCUUAUGAGAACGCAGGCUCAGCGAAAAGUCUACCCAAAAUGUUCCAUCACGCAGCUUCCCGAUCAGAUGCUAAUGUCCAUCUUCCGGCGCCUGCCGCGGUACGCGAUACUUCCGGCCACCGAAGUCUGCUCCCGCUGGAAUUCGGUUAUUAGCGGAAGCGAGCUGCUGGACAGCUUUACCCUCCGAAUCGAUCUUUCGCUGGUGGACGAAAACUCAAUUAAGGCAUACGCAUACUUCUUGAGCCGAUCGAACCGGUCCUACCGGAAACUACAGGUCGUGAUCCGCGACCAUCGGUCCUUCGUCGUGGCGGUGAUGGCCCUGCGCAAGUUUGGACGGAACGUGACCGAUCUGAGCCUCACGCUGGACCACCGGUGCGUUUAUCCGUCGUUUAUGCAGUUGCACUUCACUCGGAUGAAGGACAUCGAAAUGGGUUUGGAAGAACACCAGCAAAUGCUCUGGGAGCAGGAGAUAGAGAGUUACGACCGGUGUCUGCUGCUGAUCGCGGUUCCUAAGGAGAAGCUCAAACGGCAAUCCAACCUCUGGCAGGAGGAGGCCAAAUACCGGCGAAUCGAGGAAAUCUUCCUGGCCUUUAUGUACCGGCAGUGCCUUCAGCUGGAACGACUCCGGAUCAAACGAGUCAACAACUAUAAGGACACCCGGACCAAGACGCUCCGAUACGUCGGGGUAGAGAUGGAACGUCUCCAGGAGAUGGAGAUCAACGGGACGGGACUAAUCGUCCUUUCAGAUGCAUUCCUGCUCAAGAAGCUCACUGUUCAAGGAGUGACCUCCGGACGCCCGUUCUAUGCCGGAUUUCCACACGCCUUCCCGUUGCUAACCCACCUGGAGAUUUCCGACGAUAUGCAAUUCGACAAUCUCUGCCUCUGGGAGAUCUCCAAGCGCUGCGCGAAUUUGGAGGAUUUGAUUUUCGCCUCGGACAGGAUCACGAGGGAAGGGUUCUGCUUCAUCCAUCGGCUGACGAAGCUGAGAAAGCUAUCGAUCACGCUGACCGGAAAGCAUCCGGACUGUCGUUUCGAGGGGUGCGGGGCGCUGCCGGUGGAGAAUCUGUUCGUGUGCAGCAAUGAGCUCCGAAUGGAAACCAUCCAGGCGACGCUGAUGCAGAACGAGAACAUGAAGGAGUUUGUGAUUCGCACCAGGCGGUGUAUCGAGUACAGUAUGCUGUACCGGUUGCAGCAUAUCAGGCCCACGUGCCGCCUGACCUACACGUUGAUAACCGUGUAGUGGGAGAGUAAGUAGACCGGAGAGGACAAGUUCUUUGUUUUUAUUGUUCUGACUAUUACACUUUUUUUUGUAACGAUCUAAAAAUACUUUCAACU